AUGACGACGACAAAAACGACCAACACCAUCACGGCCGCGCGGUAUUGUUGUUCAUGUUUUCUCAACGCGAACACCCAUCAUCAUCACGGGAACAACAGGAAACGAAGUAAAAGAGGACGACGAACACUCGCGUCGUUUACGUCGGAUACCACGACUACGACGACUACGACGAAUGCACCGUUGCGAAUUGUAAGCUGGAACGUCAACGGAUUACGCGGAACGAUGAAAAAACACCCACACUUCGUGAAAGAUUUAUACGAGAAGACGAGAUUUGACAUCUUGUGCGUGCAAGAGACAAAGAUGCAAGAAGGGAACGUAGGGGAAAUGGUAGCGGUAAUCGAGGAUGACGAGGAUGAAAAUGAUGAUGAUAAGGGACCAGGAGGCCUGCAUCAUAAUCAAAACGAUCAAUUAGCGGCGUACUUUUCAUGUUCAACAGCGAGGAAAGGGUACUCGGGCGUGGCCAUGAUCACUCGUCCAGAUGUGAAGUUUACGUCAAAACCGCGCGAAGGGUUUCACCAACGCGCGUUAGACGAGGCGGAUUUCGAAAAGACGGAGGAAAACUUGGAGGCGUUUCAUUUGUUCAAUCGAGAAGGGCGGGUGAUGACGUGCGAGCUCGAGAAAGCGGUGAUUAUAAACACGUACGUUCCGAACAGCGGCGAAGGGUUGAAACGGUUGAGGGAAAGAAUCGAGGUUUGGGAGCCGGCGAUGAAAGCGCACGUCUCGUGUUUGAGGGAAGAUAUGAUGAAAGAAGAAGAAGAGAAAGCGAUCGUUUGGGUGGGGGAUUUCAACGUCGCGCACGAGAAGCGCGAUUUAUGGGGAAAUUGGACGCAAAACGAAACGAGCGCCGGGUUCACGCCGGAGGAACGCCUCGCGUUUUCAAACCAACUCAAAGACUUACGUUUAACCGACUCGUUCCGAUAUCGACACCCAACCGCGGACGACAAGUUCACGUAUUGGUCAUACAGAGCCAAAAGCCGAGAGCGAAAUCGCGGCUGGCGCAUUGAUUACGCCUUGGUCAGCGACACUAUGAAAGAAAAUAUCAAAGACGCGUUCAUCGUCUCCGACUUUCUCGGAAGCGACCAUUGUCCGUUAGGCGUUGAACUUCGCGUGUGA